ACCGGAACACCUUCGACUAUGAUCGUUGGAGGUAAAUUGAGGGAGAGGACCUUCAAGCGCGUAGUAACUUUAUCCCUCCCUUCAUCUCCGCGCGCGUGCACGAGAAUGAAUCGUCUCAAAGUUAUCGCGCGAUUUCCAGGUCGAAGAAUGUAGAAAAAUUAUCACAUUCUCCCGAUGUCGAAUCAGUGAACGGCGACUCUCUCCUUGUCAUCAAAGUUAGUCGGCCGAAAUUUUAAAGUGAAUCAAAAAUGUGAUAUAAAGUAGAAUUGGCUCGAUUGUCCCGACCACACAUCUCUCCAAAGUGGCAUCGAAAUGACGAAAACGUUUGCUCGUUUGCUGUGAAAUACGCCAAUGCCGGUUUAUAAAUGUUCCCUUAGAUAGAAUUUAUCACGGUAAUUAUCACUGCUAAAUCAAGAACACUCAUUGUUGUAUACAAUUGUAACCUGUGUGUGAUAACUGUCUUCGUUAAUCUGACAGUGAUAACUUUUAAAUAACUUAACUAAAAUUGUAAUCUCAAUUCGAUGGUCAGUAUUAAAAUACGUCUAAAUCGUUGGCAACGUCAUGGUGUAAUUUUGUCAAUGUAAGUUCAUGUGAUAAUGAUUAUGAUAAAUCGCCACUUUUCACCGGAAACUCCAAUUCCGAGUAACUUGGAAUCGCGUCGCGUAAUUCGUGCAACGUUCUUUAUAAAAAGAAAGACAGCGAGGGAACUAUUGUCAUAAGUGGUAAUGAUUCAGCCGAGAGAAUUCGAGGCUCCGAGGCGCGUGAAAGAAAAAGAGUUGGUUGAUCUUCCGUAUCCCGCAGUGGAAGUGCGGCUUACUCGCUCGCAGGACCGCUUUAUCUCGCAAAGAUGAAUUUCAGCGAGAACUUGACGUCGGCGCCGGAACCCACGGAAUAUAUGUGCGGCGCGCGUUUGGAAUCCUUCUACAAUUGGUAUACUCAGGUGCACGGCUGGGCUAGUCUGCUGGUAUGCAUAUUCGGCUCAAUCGCCAAUGUGCUCAAUAUCGCCGUGCUGACGCGCCGUGAGAUGCAUUCGCCCACUAACAUGAUUCUCACCGGUCUCGCUGUGGCCGAUCUUCUUGUGAUGAUCGAGUACAUUCCUUACGCGAUCCACAUGUAUCUCUAUCGACGAUCCCGCAGAGAUACCUUCACUUACGGUUGGACCAUAUUCGUGCUGUUCCACUCGAACUUCACUCAGGUGUGUCACACGAUCUCGAUCUGCCUGACGGUGACCCUGGCGGUCUGGAGGUACAUCGCGGUGGCGCAUCCACAAAGGAAUCGCGAGUGGUGCAGCAAUAAGCGCACCUUUUUGAUGAUCGCCUUCGCCUAUGUGUCCUGCCCGAUACUUUGCAUACCGCUUUACAUCAACACCGAGGUGAAGCCGCAAAUGGAAAUGUUAGACAAGUUUGGGAUGAGUGUAAACCUGACAGAACUCCAGCAGACGAGUGCGUCUUUCGACGGUGUGACUAACACCACCCUGUACUUCGUGAAGCUCACCGAUUCUCCGAUGAGCAAUGUUCUCAAGAACAUCAACGUCUGGAUCUACAGUGUAGUGAUCAAGCUGAUACCGUGCAUGGCGUUGACGGGAUUGAGCAUCAAGCUGGUCAAGGUGCUAUUGGAGGCAAAACGGAGGCGGAAGAAACUCACUACGAAGAACACCGCCAUUAAGAUGGGCAAUGGUAAGGAGAACGCCUGCGAGAAGCACAAGAAGAGGAGAAAGGGCCAGGAUAAAGAAAGACAGACUGACAGGACUACGAUGAUGUUGUUGGCGGUGCUCCUGUUGUUCCUCGUCACGGAAAUGCCGCAGGGCAUUUUAGGAUUGCUCAGCGUUAUAUUGGGCCCGAGUUUCUUCAAAACGUGCUACGUAAUGUUGGGCGACGUGAUAGACAUUCUGACACUUAUAAACUCGGCCAUCAACUUCAUCUUGUAUUGCGCCAUGAGUCGACAAUUCCGCACAACCUUCAAUCAGCUGUUCUGCAAUCGAUGGCGAUUAAUCGGCAGAUGGAUGGCGGUGCCGCAUCAACCGAUGGAGAACAACGGGCACACCGGGACCAAUCACACGGUGACCCAAGUCACCCAGGUCUAGCGUCGAAGAAAUCGACGGACCUUUUGCUAUCCGGUGUAAAAGAGCUCGCUGAUUAGCUUCCUUUUAGACACGUGUACUACAUGUCCGCGAGAAUAGAAAGGGAAUAUUUCCUCCGCCCGCCAACAUGGCGGUAAGCAAAGAGAGGUGAAAUUUAUUUGCUCGCUACUGCCACCGGUCUUAAUUGCAUCGUCGUUGCGAACUUUACAACGCCCGGGGCGUCUUCAAGCGCCGGCUUCGCCGUCCUGGACGUACGACACACCAGAUGUGUAAUAAAUAUUUGUUUAAGUUAGUUGGCGAGUCGUUAUGUUUUUCCAACAUGUUUCUUUUCAAUUUUGCAUGUUACUUAGUUAGUUACAUUACAACGCGUCUGACUGCCGUCGAAUUGACGAUACGCACAAUUAUAUUUAAAAACAAAUGUGAUAGAUAUGCGAAAACGUCAGGAUUAUUGCCACUAGUAAUUUUAUAAUGCCAUCGUACUUCUACAUUUAAGAUGUCUUCGUUUAGAAAAUUAUCAAUUUUUCAGGGAUGACUGUAACAGUAAAUGAAAACCUUGUUACGAAAAUGAAUGAAAUUUUCGCAAGCACAGUUGCUCAUUCGUUAUAAAUUUUUAAUUAUAGCAAAACGUGUAAAAAUUAGAAAAUUGUACAUUAUUUCGCAACAAGUCUCAUUUGUUGUUUUCAAAUUCAUAUAAAAUUAUCAAAGAAUAUAAAAUAAUCCUAAAAUCCACGUAUAGUUAUCGAGAAGUUUCUUCAUUAUUUCCAAUUUCUGUUAAUUCCGCGCUCCAACAUCGAUUUAUACUGUGAAAAUAAUUAGUUUGUAUCUUCGCGUUUAUUGCAUAUUCUGAUCGACUAUUUAAAAUCUCACGUUAUUAAUAAUUGAUGUUAUAUGCAUUAAUAAUGUUCUAUUUAAAUUUUGCACAGUUAAUAUUAACAGUCAUAAAAAAAAAGUGAAGAUUAUCAAGCUACAAAUGAAUUGAUAAUAGCACAGUCUAAUUGAAACAUAAGUGUGCCUAUUAAGCUGAGUUUAAAUUGCUUAAAAUUUGCAGACAAAGAUCAUUACGAUGCAUCGUGCAAGCUGCAGUGCAGCAUAAUUUGCUACAGGAAAUAGAACGUAACUAACUUAACUACGUCGUAAACAGUUAACCAAAGGCGUCAUGCUUCUUCAGAAAAUGCAGCGAAAUAGUAGUUUAAAUAGUUUAGACUCUCCUAAUGCAGAUUGGCGCAACAAGAUGGUAUUCGAACAGCUACCUAUUUUGUUUCUAGAGAUUUAAAAGAUUUAACAGAUUUUUUUUAUUGGAUAUCUCUUUAAAAAAUUUCAAUAUUUUUUUUAUACUGAAAACGCACUUUCCACUUUAUUUCGGUUAUAUCUUUUUUUAUUUGUUUGCAGAAAUGUUUUUAACUAUUGUAAAAUAUUGUUGUUCAAAAUAAUAUCUUCAACAGAUUUCACUUGAAAAGGCGGCACAUUUCGCAUAUUUGUUAUACACUAGAAAAUAUAUGCAUAUAAAAAAUUAUAAACAUAAACAAUAAAUUAACUUUCCCGUGUCAAUGAAAAUAAAAAAUGAAGAUCACAAAAAGUAGACUAAUGAAAUACCCAUUUUAAUUACGUAUGGAUUAAUAUAAAAGUUGGCAUACUGUUUUUACUAACCCGCAGACCUGAUAGACGACUUUAUCAUGGAAUUGUUUGAAAGCUCCGCCGUGAAAACGAGCGCAGUGAUUAACAUAAUUAACAAUGCAAUGCGAGAUGUAAAAUUUGCGUCGCCCAAAGGACAUACUUUGCGAUUCACAGUUAUCUAGUUGAAGAUUAAAAAAAUCUCCGCGAUGCAACUUCUUCUUCUUUCGCUCAAGUUAAAUGCAAAUUACAUUCACAAUUUGCAUUUUACCCUUAAAAGAUGAUAAAAAACCAAAGUAUUUCCCUCUAAAGCUAUUUGUACCUCUUUUUCUGCAAAAAACUUUUGCGGAAGACCUUAUUAUAAAAUAUUAAUUUUCUAAUUACAAUCACGACGCUACUGCCACAACAAUGUUUUUUUUAUUAUUAAUUAUCUAUAUCGCUAACAUUACCGUAAAUUAUGUUCGAAAAGAACUGUUACAUUUCUAGCGUGCAUUUUAUAAUUUUGUAAUACGUACUUUUUAGAAAUUUCCUAAGUAUUUUAAAAUAUCUUGUAAUUUAUCUUUAUAUAUUUACAUGCUAAAAUAUUCUACAAAUAUCUAACAAAUUUCUUAUAAGUCACCUUAAUUUUUUAGUCUUUCUGUACACUAUUUUAAUGGCAUUAAAAACGCAAUCGCGAAAAAUAUCGCUCUUAAUCAUGUCUCUCUUUUUGAAAGUAUUCUUUCAAAAUGAUUUUACGUCUAAAAAUGUUUAAUGUAUAUUUCAAUUAAAAACUCUCGCUGGACAAUAAUAAAUCGGACUAUUUGAUCAAAUUUUGCAGAAUGAAGCUUUCAAAUAUCGGCGCGUUAUUAAAAUUCGAAAUAUCAAACGUCCGUCCGAGAAAAAGUACGAAAAAAAAGUGGUGUCCGUUCUUGGUUGCAGAAGCGCGCAGUACACGCACAAUAAUCGAAUUGUCGCGUUUUCAAUCUCGCGCUUGCGUUUAUUGCACGUUCGACGCGCUCGAUACCCUUAUCGAUCGUGAGAGACCGCAAGAGCGACGGAUUACGAAAUAAAAAUCUGUGAAUUGUGUCAACCGCAAUAAAUUAGAACUUCCUUAAAUCACUCUCGACUGUCCGAUAAAGCACUCUUGGACCAAAUCGCAGCAAUUACCACGCGACACGGGGAAUUGCUGCGAUUAAUCGCUACCUUCCAUUUGUGGCAAAACUUUAUCGUCUUGUAUAAAAUCGCCGUGUAAGUCGCACGAACGCAUAAAGUUUCCCAUUGGAGUUGGAUUUUUAUUUGCGUCCGCCCACAACUGGGUUCGACAAAUUGUCGUGGUCGCGGAUUCUAUCUCUGCGGGCCUUUGCCGUCUCCUCGACGUUGAUUCUUUAUACUUUUUCGCAUUUCAUUUUCAAUUAGCAUUGUUAAGAGCCAUCGGAUUGCUUGCGCGAAUACUCUACUCUUAUACUUUGAUUUUCAAUUUUAUAAUUAUUUUAAUAAUGCCUUGUCUCUUAUUCCAUUAUCACGUAUACUUUCUAAUUAUAUACUUUUCUUUACAGAACAAAACUAAAUAUUUUGUGACCGUAGAAACGUAUGAACUAUAUGUAUAAUUUAUUUUUUAAUCUGUUAACUGUUUAGUCUCUAACAUGUCUUCUGUUAGUAAGGAGAGAAAAAAGUUCACCUAUACAAUAAAAUUACUAAUUGAGUGUGUUAACGCAGUAUUUCUAAAUGUUGGAGCGCACAAAGGUUUAAUACUUGUUCCCAGUUAAAAAAUUUACAGAAUUAUUAAUCCCCUGCAUCGUAAAUCUCUGAAAGAAAUUGGAAAGAAUGUUUUUCAGAUUGCAAAGUUUCUUACGAAAUUGUGAUAAAGAUAUAAGACUCGAGAACAAAUCGUAAAUCAAUAGUUUUAGAUUUCUUUCUAGCAAAAUCAUGUACAACUUUUCUAAUUUCACUCGCAAACUAAUUUAUCAUACGAAAAAAUGCGAAUAAUUUCUCCAUUUCAGCGGAAAAAAAAGUAUCUGGAUUAAGGAAUGAUCUAUUACAUCCAGCAAAAUGGCUGAAGCAAAUCUUCUUAUGAGAUAAGUAAUGUCCUCGUUUAGUUGAAAUGAGUUAUACGAUAAGUAUGAUAUCAAGCUAAACCCUCUUCACGUUAGCAAUGGAACAGAAACAUUAUCUCUCUAUGCAAUCUUGUACCUAUUAGCUAGCUUAGGCCCUGCAAGUAAUGUUCCCCUUUCGUGAUAGAGAUUCAUUAGAAAGAAACAGCAAAUAUGCUUAUUAUAAAAGAAAUCAGCACUGAUAUCAUCCUACAAAUCUGUUGCGUGUUGUUUGUAGCGGAUAGCAAAAUGUUCGUUGAUCAACCCCGCGAAGAGAAUUGA